UCCCACCGCCCUGGAUGCGGGGCUGACCACUCCCCCUCCCUUUGAAUAGGCAGCCCUGCAGCAAACACUAUGGUAUUUCCAUCCUCUCUGACUCCGGCGCGGAGGAUAACACCAGGUAGUUGGAAAAGAGAUCGGAGACAAGUGUGGGAAGCCGUGGAGGACAUAAGCUUUGCCCCUGGUCUUGCAGCUAAGUAGCACCUCUGAGAUGAUGAGUUACUAUGUGGACGCAACCAUCAGCAGCGCAGCCCCUUAUCCUUUAGCUCGGCCCGGAGUGAUGAAACAAGGUGCCGCCGGUCCCUGCGAGGAUCCCUGGGUGACCUGCGGCUUUCAGGCCACCUGCUGCCAGCCGAGGACCUGCUGCCCGCUCUGGGAUGAGCCUGCCACGCAAGAGGUGCCCACCGGGCUGGAGCACUACGGCACGGAUAUGGAAUGUGCGGAUGUGCCUUUAUUAACCCCCAGCAGCAAAGAAAUGAUGUCUCAGGCGUUGAAAGCCACCUUCAGCGGCUUCGCCAAAGAGCAGCAGCGGCUGGGAAUCCCCAAAGAUCCCCAGCAGUGGACGGAGACGCACGUGCGGGACUGGGUGAUGUGGGCGGUGAAUGAAUUCAGCCUGAAAGGAGUUGAUUUCCAGAAGUUUUGCAUGAACGGAGCCGCCCUCUGUGCCCUGGGCAAGGAAUGCUUCCUAGAGCUAGCGCCUGACUUUGUGGGAGAUAUCCUGUGGGAACACCUGGAGAUUCUGCAGAAAGAAGAGGUAAAACCGUACCCAGCAAACGGAGCGAAUACCACGUAUCCAGAAUCCCGCUAUACUUCAGAUUACUUCAUUAGUUAUGGCAUCGAGCACGCCCAGUGUGUGCCCCCCUCUGAGUUCUCCGAGCCCAGCUUCAUCACCGAGUCCUACCAGACCCUCCAUCCCAUCAGCUCGGAAGAGCUCCUGUCCCUCAAGUACGAGACCGACUAUCCCUCGGUCCUCCUGCGUGACCCGGUCCAGACGGAUUCCCUGCAGACAGACUACUUCACCAUCAAGCAAGAGGUCGUAACGCCAGAUAACAUGUGCAUGGGACGUGCCAGUCGAGGUAAACUGGGCGGCCAGGACUCGUUCGAGAGCAUCGAGAGCUACGACAGCUGCGACCGGCUGACGCAGUCCUGGAGCAGCCAGUCCUCCUUCCAGAGCCUGCAGCGCGUCCCCUCCUAUGACAGCUUUGACUCGGAGGACUACCCCGCCGCCCUGCCCAACCACAAACCCAAGGGCACCUUCAAGGACUAUGUUCGAGAUCGGGCCGAUAUGAACAAGGACAAGCCCGUCAUUCCUGCUGCCGCCCUUGCUGGCUACACAGGCAGUGGACCCAUCCAGCUGUGGCAAUUCCUGCUGGAACUGCUCACCGACAAGUCCUGCCAGUCCUUCAUCAGCUGGACGGGCGACGGCUGGGAAUUCAAACUUUCCGACCCAGACGAGGUCGCCCGGCGAUGGGGCAAGCGGAAAAACAAGCCCAAGAUGAACUACGAGAAGCUGAGCCGCGGCUUGCGCUACUAUUACGACAAGAACAUCAUCCACAAGACGGCGGGGAAACGCUACGUCUACCGCUUUGUGUGCGACCUGCAGAGCCUGCUGGGCUACGCGCCCGAGGAGCUCCACGCCAUGCUGGAUGUCAAGCCCGACGCCGACGAGUAAACCACCAAAAAUCACUUCCCAGAGUCAUUUGGACUUUUUCCCGUUGGUCUUUUUGAAAUUUGUUGCCGUUGUUUUUCAUCGUGCGUGAUUUGUUUUGAAUUUUCAAAGAGCGACUUUGGAUUUGUUGCUUUGCGGAGGUUGGGAGAGAGGGCGGUGGAAGAGGCAAACUUUUGGUUGAAACCUAAAGAGUUUGGUUCGGAGGAAGGAUGAGCCUUUAUCUUUCCUGAAAGCUCCAAGAUGGGCUUUUUCGGGGGGUGAAAUUCUGAGUUUUAAGAAAGCCAGAAAAAUGUAGCUCACUUUAAAAGAACCCACAACCCAACCCUCCCCAUCCCUUGGUGUCUAGAAGAAAUAUCAAACAGAUCCCUUCAGUUUCGGGUUAUUUUGGCAAUUUAGCAAAUUACCGUAUUCCCAAGGAUUUUAAACUUAUUUUUUGGGAUGAGGAGGGAAAACCAAAGUGGGGGAAUAUUCCUGCUCCGGGGAGGGGCAAUAUAGGAAAAGAACAACACAAGAACUGCUUGUUGUUCUUGUUACGUUGCCUUUCUGUCAGUUGUUUUGUUUUCUACAAUGACGGAAUUUUUGCUAAGGAGGGAUCAAGACUCUUUUUUAAAAAAAAAAAAAGUUGAAGUUUUAUUUUAUUAAAUUUUGUGCCAGUAUUUUUUUGUUUAAAUAGUCUUAAGCUCUAAGAUGGUCUCAGUAUUGCAAUAUUGUGUGUGUUUGUUUCUGUUAUGCCAGCAGAGAGUUUUAUCAUAGUGAGGGGAAAAAAGAGAGAAAAAGAUAAAAAAUAUGAAAUGACUUUAUGUAGACCCCACUGGAGAAACGGAGCACGAGACUCCAAAUUGUACAUGAAGGAAGAUUGAAUUCCAAAUUACCUGAUAGAGCCGCUCUUGCUGCCGGUCCCACCUGCUUCAUUGCUAAAGCUGCUUGAAGUGUCUGCUUUUUUGGGUGUUGUUUUCAAAAGAGCUGCGUUUUGUGCACAAAACCUAUCAAGAUUUGCUGGGAAAACGCCUUUUUUGCAUCUUCCCAAUUGCUAUUUUUUGCACCAAGAAAUGGUGCUUUCAGAUCAUUCGAGUUGGGUUUUAUUUGGAGAGGAAAGAGAAGAAAUUCCCGUGUUUUGAGUGGGGUGAAUGGGAAAUUUCCACGUCAGUUGGGGGGGAAGAAAAAUCAGGAAAUAAUUAGAAACCAAAUGGAAAUGUGUUUUCCUUCCUGCUUUGACCAGCUCCAUCUUUAUUUCUCUAUGUCUUCACUGACCCGGGCACACGUGGAAAGGAAAUCAUCCUUGCAAAUGGGUUUGUACUCCCUUUUUUAAGCCUGGUCCUGCAAACCUUGCCAGGGCGUGAGGAACAUGAAGCCCACGGGGCCGGAUGGGUUGAGAUUGGGGAUCAGAUGUGAGUAUUUCCCCAUCCAGACACGACCCCGACGGCCGAAAUGGGGUUUUUCACCCCAAGACCUGCGGGCGUUUUGUUUUUAACGACAGUAUUACGUGUUCGAACCAAAAAUACCUUCUUUUUUUGUAUCAUUCAUCAUGUCUUUUAGGUCGUUGUGUUCAUCACAAAGGUGAUUUUGGGGGGCGAGAUGGGGAGAUGCUCACCAGGCGAUCCCUGCUUGGUAAAAUUCAAUAUAUCGAGUCGGCAGGACAAGGUUUUUGUGCUAAAAGCUGAAAUAUCGGGGAGUGUAACCCCAAUGCGCAGGGAUGGGGGGAUCUCCCCUGUGGCAAAGUGAUGCUGGAUUCUCCUCCGCAUCCCCCGGAGCUGGGGCGAUGCAGCAUCUCUUGGUCAUUUUGGGGCAAAUCAGCCUCAAAAUUGCUGUGUGCUUAAAAAAAAUGUGAUGGUGGAAGGAAAAUGGGUGAGAGAAGAGGGAGCUCUGGCCAAGAGGGUGGUGGUUUAAUUAAGGAGGUGAUUAGUGAUGGGAGGAAAAAGGUGGGAUGGAGGAAAAGGGGGUGAGAGGAAGGAGGAAAAAGAUGCUGCCGGCUGGGGAAUAAAACUCCAGCUGGUCUCAGGCAGCUUGGCCGAGCUGGAGAAUGGAAAAUACAGAUAUUAUAGAUGAGGCACGGGGCAGAGCUCUAAUCCGAAGGGUCCUGCUUUGCUGGGAUGCUCCGCCGCAGUUCAAGUGCCUUUUUUCCAGCAAAAAACAGGGAUAAAAUUUCCCUGGGACAGAAGGAACCUCAGGUUUGGGUACCAGCCCCAUCCAUCGCUGGCCAAAAUCCCUUCUCCGCUCCGUCCCGCGUGUUUUUUCCAGGUUUCCAAGCCGAACCUGUGUGUUCCCCUGGAUUUUGGGAAGAUGGUUUAAAGGUUAGAAAGGGCAAAUAACGGGGAAUAAUUUGGUUCUGAAGCUGGAGCUUCUCCAUCGUUUCUCCGGCCAUUUGCCAUCCGAGGAAAAGGGCAGUUCAGUCCUUGGGACAUCGAGUUCAUGAUAUUCUAUUUUCCCUUCUAUAUUUUAUUCCCAAUCUAGAGGCCAUCCUGUGCUGUUUAUACACUGGAAAUGUGCAGAUUUGUUUAGAUUUCUUCUUUUCUUUCUUUCUGCUUUUUAACGGCGUGUUUUCUAUGGCAAGGGAUGUGCUGGAACCCAAACCCUCCCACCUCCUCGUUCUCAAAAUCACGGAAAUUUGGUGUAUCGAGUGACCAGAACCUGUGGACACUCGUGUAAGUGCAAAUAUAAAUCCCGUUUGUUUCCAAUCUACCACCAUCCGCUAUCAUUCCGGUGGAAAACCAACCAAAGAGGGCAAGAAAUCAAAGAUACUAUAAAACGUCAUGUCUUCCCAAACCAACACCUCCAAGAAUAAAGGUCCCUAUAAGCACCGAUAAAUUCAGAUUUUGUGGGAAAUAUCUCAAUCUUCUGCUUUUUGCUUUUCUGGAGGGGUUUUCUGUGAGAUUUUAGGGCUCGGUUGCUUAAUUCCUCAUUAAGGUCGCAAAAUUUGGGUGCCUUGGCGUGCUCUGCUCUCUGGUAGGGUCUAUAUAACAUCUACAUUCCAAAGAGGUUUAAAGAAAUGAUAAAUCUAUGUAUACAUAUAUGUUAUAAUGGAAUAUCUCCAGGAAUUAACUGCCUCAGUUAAAAACAAAGAGUGUUUUGUUUUGUUCUGUUUUUACACAUGGGAUUUUUUUUUUAAGCUGAUAAACAUAGAAGAAAAACAAAAAAAAGAGAUUGUUAUAUUGUGCUGUUUGACUAUUUUCCAACGUGUAUUUUCGUAUAAUUUAUAUUUUUUAAAAGUGGGAAAAAAGAAAAAAAAAACAUUUUAAAAGCGAGAUUAAUUAAAGGAAAAACAAAGGAAAAAGCAGGUGCUUUUUACAAAUAAACCUGAGCUGAGGUAGCUUAGA